GUAGUUGUUAUUACAUGUGGUUUUACUCCUAGCUGGUGAAACUCAUCAACAGUGCUUCUUAUGAUCAUGUUGCUUGCCUGGAAAUAAUGGGAUGAAGUAACACAGUUAUUUGGACUUAAGGAAUUUGGCCUGAGAUUAAAAAUAAGUACUGUCUUGAAGGAGAAAAAAAGGAUAAUAAAAAAGAAGACCAUGUUAUUUAUUCUUGUCGUUCUAGUUUUAUAAUUGUGUCUGAGAGUUCCCCACGUCGUCACAGGAAAGUUCAUCUCUAUUUUAUUGUCGUGAAACCUAAACAAUUGUGUUUUUAUUUGAAACAAAAUACCCGUAGUGCCGUUCACUAAAGGUAAACGCGAUAGAUUCCGGGGGGAAGAGAAGAAACAAGUAGGGCAGCCGGUCAUGGUCCAGUUGGAAAAUCGGGACUCGGCCGGCGUCAACAAAUUUUGACUUUUUCUCGUUGGUAGGAGCAAAAAAAAAUUAAUUUCGGAACCUCAGGUGAUUCGUAACAAAAUUCAAAAUCAUUUUUGAACAGAUGAAUUUGGCUCUAUAGGCAUCAUAAUAUCAUACAGAUCGUCUGUUUACCAUUUUGUUUUUUAUUUAUGUAUGCCACCCACAGGCCAAUAAGACCUCAAAACGUGUACUUUGAAUUUUUAUCAGGGGCACGCAAUAGGAAAUUAGACAUCAGCACCCGUCCACCGUUCGAUUGUAUAGCCUGUGAAUAAAAAAUAGUAAAAAAAAAAAAAAAGCAAGAAAAGGAUGCAAUUCUCUUUCCAGUUAAUUGUUGCUCUUGCUUUCCCAUUUUUUAUAACCGGACAGAGGAUCAAUGUGAAGGAGCUCAAAUGUCUAGUUUGCAAGCGUGUGGUUGAAGAAAUGGAGAAGGCCGUGGACAAAGUUGACCCAAAGAAGAGGGUCGAGGUCGGAACUUACAGGCUAGAUCACAAAGGAGACCAAAGCCAAAGAACAGUUGAACUGAGAAAGUCGGAAGUUUAUCUGACCGAACUGAUGGAGAAAAUCUGCAAUAAAAUGGACGAUUAUGUCCGAGCCAGGUCUAAGGCAACGGGUCAGCUCCAUGUCAUCCCACUCAUUACUGAAGAUGGCCAAAUGAACUCACUUAUCGGUGAGCUGGACAUAAUUCAAGAUUCAGACUUAAACAAGAGUCUGAAGUUUUAUUGUGAAAAUAUAUUAGAAGAAAAUGAAGAUGGUUUUAUAAAAACCUUUGCCAACAUGAGUGAAAAUCUUGACAUAACUCUCUGCUCAAAUGUCGCAGGGUUGUGCAAUGAAAAGGUACAAGAUGAAUACAAAUUUGAAGAUAGUCAUGAAGAACUUUAAUGAAACUUUUGAAGGUAGUUGUUUUGUUGCCGUUGGUUCGUGGGUUUUAUGUGUCAAUUCAUACAAUGUGAUCCGAUUGAAUUUUCAUUCUUUUACAAUAAAAGUUUAUUUUUGUUAAA